CGAAAAAUGUCUCAUCACUAGUUUACCUCAGCUGUUCACUGCACUCGCUUUUGUUAUUUAACCAGUUUCCUCUCAGAAAAGUCGAAUAACAAUGAAUAAUUGUGUGAAACUAGUGCCCAUAGCACUCCGGUGUCAGCAAAGGAGCAUCAGCACUUCAUCCGUAUUGGAGGGCAAGCGGAACUUCCGUAAAUUCAAUGCUUACAACAAACGAGGAACGCGCGUGGUGAAGGAGGCGCAGAAAACGAUGGCCAAUCCACCGGUGCCCAUUCACAAGCGUGGAGUUCGCGACACGGGCAUAAUUGUGGACGGGCAGUACGUCGAGAUACCCGAGAAGAUUCCGGACAUCAUUGUGCCCGACCUAACUAGCUGCAAGCUAAAGCCAUAUGUGUCCUACAAGGCGCCGGAUGUUGUCCAAUCGGAGUUCACCAGCCUGGAUCUGUUUAACGCCAUAUAUUCUCAGAAAAUCAUCGAGGACUUCAAGGCGGGCACCCUGCAGGCAGAUGGCAGUGCCAAGGAGCCCUCGGCCAAUGAGCAACUGACUCCAGCGGAGGCCUUGCAGCGCGCCCGGAAGACGGGCAGCGAUAUAUUCUAGGCAUAGGUUUAUUGUUUCUUAAAUACAGAGUCUGAACUCAA